AUGGCUCGUGACCUGGAGAAGACCAAGGGAGAGCCAGAGGGACCACUAAGACAGCAGAGUCAAUCACUGAGGUCAUCGGGGCAGUCCAGCUUUGCUAGCCCCGUGAGAUGCUUCAGGUGUGGAGGACCACACUUUCAGUCCGUUUGCCCUCAGUUAGAAGGGUAUAAGAGGUGCAACAUCUGCAGGCAAGAGGGACAUUAUGCCAGAGACUGUCCUACUACUUGGAGGGUAGGACCACAGCUACACCAGAUUGGGAGACCUAUUCAGAGAGGUAGUGCCAGACCCCAGGCAGCAGGGAGAGUCUAUGCCUUGACUGGAGCUGAUGCAACUAGUGCAAGUAACCUGAUUGUCAGUAGUUGUUUAUCAUUUGGAGCUUCAUGUGUAACAUUGUUUGACUCGGAGGCGACACAUUCUUUUGUGUCUGAGGCUUGUGUGGAGAGGCUUGGCUUAGUAGUUAGAGAGCUUCAAUGCGACCUGGUGGUAUCUACACCAGUAGCUGGGUUGGUCAGGACAUCUAACGUUUGCUCCAGAUGUCCUAUCGAAGUUGAGGGACGCAGGGGAAAGAAGUUGAUAUUUCCCAAUGAAGACAAGAACAUGCCAUUGUCACUCGGUGUGUUGAGGCAAGACCUUAUAGAGGGCGCUUGUUGUUUCUUAAUCAUGUCUUACAUGGACGGGAUUCAAGACUUAGACCCUUCAACCCAUGGAGAGCAGAAUGUAGAUAUUUUGGUGGUGAGCGACUUCCUAGACGUGUUGCCUGAGGAAGAUCUCGGUCUACCUCCUCCUAGAGAGGUAGAGUUCUCUAUAGACUUGGUCUCAAGAGCAAGACCAAUUUCUAUAACCCCUUAUAGGAUGGCACCGGCAGAGUUAGCGGAGUUGAAGAAGCAAAUUGAGGAGCUGCUAGAGAAGCAGUUUAUCAGGCCCAGUGUUUCACCUUGGGGUGCACCAGUUUUGUUGGUAAAGAAGAAGGAUGGUAGCUCCAUAUUAUGUGUUAAUUAUAAGCAGCUAAACAAACUCACGAUCAAGAAUAAGUAUCAUUUGCCAAGGAUAGAUGAUCUAUUGGACCAACUACAUGGAGCCGCUGUAUUUUCUAAAAUUGAUUUGAGAUCGGGCUACCAUCAAAUCUUGGUAAAAGUUGAUGAUGUGCAGAAGACAUUUUUCCGAUCUAGAUAUGGCCACUACGAGUAUGCCCUUCUUGGAGAGGAGCAUGAAGACCACCUGAGGAAAGUGCUUGGAGUAUUGAGGGAGAGAAAGUUAUAUGCAAAGCUGUCCAAAUGUGAAUUUUGGAUUGAAGAAGUACACUUCUUAGGGCAUGUUAUAUCGGCUGGUGGAGUUGUUGUUGAUCCAGCCAAGGUACAAGUAGUGUUGUCCAAAUGUGAAUUCUGGAUUGAAGAAGUACACUUCUUAGGGCAUGUUAUAUCGGCUGGUGGAGUUGUUGUUGAUCCAGCUAAUGUACAAGUAGUGAUGGAGUGGGAAAGAUCGAAAACUGUCACAGAAGUGAAAAGCUUUGUGGGAUUAGCAGGGGUUGGGGUGCGUGUUAAUGCAAGAGAAGAGGGUGGUAGCUUACGCCUCGAGACAACUUAA